CUUUAUUCAGAUGAAGUUCAAAUUGGUCCAGAAACAGUCAUGACUACUUUAUACACUGCUAAAAAGUAUGCAGUCCCAGCCCUGGAAGCACAUUGUGUGGAUUUUCUAACGAAGCACCUCCGAGCAGAUAAUGCCUUUAUGCUGCUUACUCAAGCUCGUUUGUUUGAUGAACCUCAGCUUGCUAGUCUUUGUCUUGACACAAUAGACAAAAGUACUAUGGAUGCAAUAAGUGCAGAAGGCUUUACUGAUAUUGAUAUAGACACACUGUGUGCAGUUCUAGAAAGAGAUACCCUUAGUAUUCGAGAAAGUAGACUUUUUGGAGCUGUUGUUCGCUGGGCAGAAGCAGAAUGUCAAAGACAACAACUGCCUGUGACAUUUGGAAACAAACAGAAAGUCCUUGGAAGAGCUCUUUCCUUAAUCCGUUUUCCAUUAAUGACUAUUGAAGAGUUUGCAGCAGGGCCUGCUCAGUCUGGAAUAUUGUCAGAUCGGGAAGUAGUAAAUCUCUUUCUGCAUUUUACUGUCAAUCCUAAACCUAAAGUAGAUUAUAUUGACCGACCAAGAUGUUGCCUUAGAGGAAAAGAAUGCAGCAUUAACAGGUUCCAGCAAGUGGAGAGUCGCUGGGGCUACAGCGGAACAAGUGAUCGGAUUAGGUUCACGGUUAAUAGAAGAAUUUCCAUAGUGGGAUUUGGAUUAUAUGGAUCUAUUCAUGGACCCACAGACUAUCAAGUUAAUAUACAGAUAAUUGAUUAUGAGAAGAAUCAGACGCUAGGACAGAACGACACUGGAUUUAGUUGUGAUGGAACAGCCAGUACGUUCAGAGUUAUGUUUAAAGAACCUAUAGAGAUUUUGCCAACAGUUUGCUACACAGCUUGUGCAACCUUGAAAGGUCCUGAUUCCCACUAUGGAACAAAAGGCUUGAAGAAGGUGAUCCACGAAUCUCCUACUGCUAGUAAAACAUGCUUUGUCUUUUAUAGUUCACCAGGUAACAACAAUGGUACAUCAAUAGAAGAUGGACAGAUACCAGAAAUAAUAUUUUAUACAUAAUUUCACAUGAUCAUCUCAAAUGCGUCAGCGUAUCAGUCAGUGGACUGCAGCUCACUAUUGGCAGCAAUUAAAAGAUUAUGCAGAAUUACAUGAAUGUAUGAGAACAAAACUUGUUUGAGAGGUACCAGAAAAGCUCAUCUCUGCAUAAUUAUUGGCAGAAUGUAAUUUAGCUUUUCCUCUUGACAAAACAGCAAGUGGAAUAAGUACUCUGUAUAUUGAAAAGAUUGUUUUAAAUAGUAUCUUGUGAUUAAUUCCUUUGUAUUUUCACUCCUUCAUUUCUCAUGUAGUAAAAUU